AUGGUGGAGAGACGCUUCUCCAAACUCUUGCAGAAACUUUCCCUGCUGCGCUUGUCGCACCAGUACGAGCCAGUGGAGGAUGCGGAGCUGGAAGGGUUGGUGGCUGAAGAUCAGUGUGAGUUGAAAACCAUCGAGAGAGAAAAGGCAGUGAUACCUCUGCCACCCAAAGAGGCUUCCAAGUGUCACAAAGAAGACUUAGCCAAAGCAUUAUAUGUUGAUUUGCAAAGUGGGCUAUCAGAAUUCUCGGUGACACAACGCAGGUUAAUCCAUGGCUGGAAUGAAUUUGUAGCAGGUAACACUGAACCAAUGUGGAAGAAGUACCUAGACCAGGUAAGUUUAAUUAUGCUCAUUGGCUGGCUUCAAGGAAAACAAAUUCUCAGCAUGUUCACUAUCGGAGUGAGCCUGGCCGUGGCCGCCAUCCCAGAGGGCCUGCCCAUCGUCGUCAUGGUGACGUUGGUUCUCGGUGUCCUGAGGAUGGCAAAGAAGAGAGUCAUUGUGAAGAAGCUGCCCAUCGUGGAGACGUUAGGUUGCUGCAAUGUUAUCUGCUCAGACAAGACAGGUACCCUGACGGCCAACGAAAUGACAGUAACUCAGCUAGUAACAUCGGAUGGCCUCCGGGCAGAGGUAAGCGGCGUUGGGUAUAAUGGAGUAGGAACUGUGUGUCUUUUGCCAUCACACGAAGUCCUAAAGGAAUUUUCCAAUGUGUCAGUGGGGAAAUUAGUAGAGGCUGGCUGUGUGGCAAAUAAUGCUAUGAUCACAAAGAACACCGUGAUGGGCCAACCCACAGAGGGAGCCUUGAUGGCCCUUGCAAUGAAGAUGGACUUGAGUGAUAUAAAAGAUUCCUACAUCAGAAAAAAAGAGAUUCCAUUUAGCUCAGAAAAGAAGUGGAUGGCGGUAAAAUGCAGCCUUAAAAACGAGGAACAGGAAGAAGUUUACUUCAUGAAGGGAGCUUUUGAAGAAGUGAUUCGAUACUGCACCAUGUAUAACAAUGGGGGGAUCCCCCUCCAGCUAACUCCACAGCAGAAAUCCUUCUGUUUGCAGGAAGAGAAGAGGAUGGGUUCCCUUGGUCUGCGGGUGCUGGCUCUCGCUUCAGGCCCAGAGCUAGGGAAGCUCACAUUCUUGGGCCUCGUUGGAAUAAUUGAUCCUCCAAGAGUGGGGGUGAAAGAAGCAGUCCAAGUCCUCUCCAAGUCAGGUGUGUCGGUCAAGAUGAUAACGGGGGAUGCCCUGGAAACUGCUCUGGCUAUAGGCAGAAACAUUGGCCUGUGCAAUGGGAAAUUAAAAGCCAUGUCGGGAGAAGAGGUGGAGAACCUGGAGAAGCCUGAGCUCUCAGCCAGAGUCAGAAAGGUGUCAAUAUUUUUCAGGACAAGCCCAAAGCACAAACUCAAAAUAAUAAAGGCUCUGCAGGAAUCUGGGGCUGUCGUGGGGAUGACGGGGGAUGGUGUCAAUGAUGCUGUGGCCCUGAAAUCUGCUGACAUCGGGAUCGCCAUGGGGCAGACGGGGACAGACGUCAGUAAGGAAGCUGCCAAUAUGAUAUUGGUAGAUGACGACUUCUCCACUAUAAUGAAUGCCGUAGAGGAAGGAAAAGGCAUUUUUUAUAACAUAAAAAAUUUCGUUCGGUUUCAGCUCAGCACGAGCAUUUCAGCUUUAAGCCUGAUUACUCUGUCCACAGUAUUGAAUUUACCCAACCCGCUCAAUGCAAUGCAGAUUCUCUGGAUCAACAUUAUCAUGGAUGGACCGCCAGCUCAAAGUUUGGGAGUGGAACCAGUUGACAAGGAUGCCCUGAAGCUUCCCCCUAGGAGUGUUAAAGAUACAAUUCUCAGUAAAGCACUCAUCUUGAAAAUUCUAAUAUCUGCCAUCAUUAUCAUCAGUGGAACGCUUUUUAUUUUCUGGAAAGAGAUUCCUGAUGGAAAGGAAAUCACUCCAAGAACGACGACGAUGACAUUCACUUGUUUUGUAUUUUUUGAUCUUUUCAAUGCCUUGACAUGUCGUUCUCAGACAAAGCUGAUAUUUGAGAUUGGGUUUUUCAGAAACCGCAUGUUUCUAUAUUCAGUGCUAGGAUCGAUUCUGGGGCAGCUGGCUGUCAUCUACAUUCCACCCCUGCAGAAAAUCUUCCAGACUGAGAAUUUGGGAGCACUAGACUUGUUGUUUUUAAUGGGCUUGGCCUCAUCUGUGUUCAUUCUAUCAGAGCUCAUCAAACUAUGGGAAAAAUACUGCUGCAGAACUGAGAUAGUCAAGACUCACCAUGAAGUAAUAUAAUGGGUUCCAAACAAUGUAACAUUUUUAUAAAUAGUGUAUAUUUUUGCUGAAACUGUGACCUCCUAUUUUUUUCAGAGAUGCACACACAAAGUCAUUUUUUGAUAACAAUAUCACAUAUGCUGAUGACCCCAUUCAGCUGUCAAGCCUGAUUCUUC